ACACAUCUGAUUGCUCAGAGCAAGCCAAUGGACCUUCCCAAAUGGAAGCUCUGUCCUUGGAGUCUGCCAGCAGGGAAGCUUAUUUCAGCAGAGUGGAAACGUUCACCCCGCUGAAGUGGGCGGGGAAGCCGCCGUCGCUGUCGCCGCUGGUGUGCGCCAGGUUCGGCUGGCAGAACGUGGAGUGUGACAUGCUCAGGUGCUCCAGCUGCCAGGCACACCUGUGCGUCAGCCUGCAGCUGGCCUUCGACCUCAGCAACUACAAGGAGCGCUGUGAGGAGCUCAGGAAGGCCCUGAGCACUGCCCAUGAGAAGUUCUGCUUCUGGCCAGACAGCCCCUGCCCAGAUCGCUUUGCCAGGCUGCUGGUGGAUGAGCCCAGAGUUCUCCUCCAGGAUUUCCUGGAUCGUUUCCAGAGCCUUUGCCAGCUGGAGCUGCAGCUGCCCUCCCUCAGACCAGAAGACCUGAAAAACAUGUCCCUGACAGAGGAAAGGAUCACUCGGCUCCUGCAGCUCAUCGAGGAGGAGCUGGAGCACAAAGGAACAGAGGGAGAAAAGACUCCUGGGAAGAUUUCCACAGAAAUCCUGCAGGUGCAGGUUCCUGCCUGUAUCCUGGCACUGUGUGGCUGGACCUGCAGCGCCGCCUCCGGCUCCAUGAACCUGUCGGUGAUCACCUGCUCGCGCUGCAUGCGCAGGGUGGGGCUGUGGGGUUUCCAGCAGCUGGAAUCUGCUGCGGCCCCCGAGCUGGAUUCCUGCAGCUCCAGCAGCACCACCCCAGCCGCUCCCGAGCGCUUCCCGCCCGUCCCCACGUCCCCACGCAGGAUGCUGACACGGAGCCAGGACCCAGCAUCCGAGCAGCAGCCCGAGAAGAGCCCAUCCCCAGCCGUGUCCCGCCCCAGGGGUUGGGAUUCCCCCAGCUCCAUGGACAAGGGCGAGCUGGAUGUGAGCAGCCCUGCCCUGAGGAGCCGCCCUGUCACCAGGAGCAUGGCACAAGGGGACGCCACGGAGGUGCCGUCGAGUCCCGUGCGCAGGGCCAAGCGGGCACGGCUCUGCUCCUCCAGCAGCUCGGACACUUCCUCCAGGAGCUUCUUUCACCCCAGCUCCCAGCACCGGGACUGGUGUCCCUGGGUCAGCACUGGGGAGGGAGAGGAGUCCCAGGAAGAUUCUGCAUCCCAGACAGAGAAGGAGCCUGGCAAGGCCGAGCCAGGCUGGGAAGUGGUGCUGAAGAGGCUCCUUGGCAUCCAAAAAUGUGACACAGUGCCUGAAACUGAGCCAGUGAGUCUCUCAGAGAAAUCCUGCAAGGUAUUCCGAAUUUUCAGGCAGUGGGAGAGCCUGGAUUCCUCCUGAGCAGCAGCCUGGGGGCAUCCUGAGAGAGCCAAACCUCUGUGGUUGCUGCAGCAGGAAGGGGAUCUGAGGAAGUUCUGCUCAAACAGAGCCCUGCCCACGCUGGAUCCCCUUCUCCUGCCUUCACCAACUGCUGCUGUGUCCCUCAGCUCUGAGGGAUGUGCCAGGGACACGUGGGGUGAUGCUGUCCCCUCGUCACCCCCGCGGUGUCCGGCUGGAAAGGACACCAGGUGGGAAUAAACAUUUCAGUUUUGUUGUUUUUUUCUUUUUCCUGCCUGCUGGCCUGGUGCUGUUUGUUUUUUUUCCCCAUGGUAGGAGGAGGUGUAGCUGCUGUAUCCCUUGGGAUGCUCAUUAUGGGAUCAACAUCUGGCUGCCUCCCCGUUUCCCACUCCACGUUU